UCUAUAUCUAUAUAUAUACAUAUAUAUAUAAAGAAAGAACCUGGGAGUUCAUCAUUUUUGAAAUAGAAUUAUUUCACAUCCUUCAAGAUCUUAACUUAAUUUGAAGCUAUCUAUCAUUGACCAUCUAUAGAUAGCUACCCCGCACCUCAAGCUUCACAUACCUAUACACAACACACACUCACACAUACACACAUUUCCUCUCUCGAUACCUCAUUCCAACUCCCCACAACACCACCAUAUAUAAAAGUAUCUACCUAGGUAUCAAUCCCACCAUGGAUCCCACCCACACCAGCACUCCCCCAAUGAAAGACCUAACCAUCGACAACAUCACCGAAAACACCAUCCGGAUAAACUCCCAAGGAAGCGAUGAACGUCUCACAUACGUUAUGGAAAGACUGGUUACGCAUCUCCAUGAUUUCGCGCGCGAAACUCGUUUAAGUACUAAAGAAUGGAUGGCGGCUUUGGAUUUUUUGGUGAGAGUUGGUCAGAUUUCAAGUCAUGUGAGACAUGUACGUACCCAUACAUAUUUAACUAUAUUUAUUCUAUUUCCACUCUUAAUGGGGAAAUAAUAAUAAUAAUGCUAAACGAAAAAGGAAUUCAUCCUCCUAUCCGAUAUCCUCGGUCUCUCCCUCCUAGUCGACGCAAUCGACCACCCAAAGCCCCCCUCCUCAACCGAAGGAAGCGUCCUCGGACCCUUCCACACACACGAUGCGGAAACCAUGACAUCUGGCGAAAAAAUAUCCCACGACCCGCAAGGCGAACCCUGUCUAAUUCUGUGCACUAUAAAAGACGUAACGGGGAAUCCAAUCCCUGACGUCAAAAUCGACAUUUGGGAAACAGAUUCCACAGGACACUAUGACGUGCAGCGAGAAAACCGCACCGAGCCCGACGGUCGCUGUAUCAUGCUGAGUGAUGCGCGGGGAGAAUUCUGGUUUAGAGCUAUUGUUCCAGUGCCUUAUCCAAUUCCACAUGAUGGGCCUGUGGGACAGUUGUUGAAGUUGUUGAAGAGACAUCCCUGGAGACCGGCGCAUAUGCAUUUUAUGUUUCAGAAGACGGGAUGGGAUCAUCUUAUUACGUUUGUUCUUCCUCCCCUUCCUCCCUUCCCUUCAAUAAUAAAAUCCCAUUCUAUACUAAUGUGAACCCAUCAAAAAGCGCAUUAUAUAUCCGCGGCGACCCGUACGAAUCCUCCGAUGCAGUAUUCGGAGUAAAGGAAUCACUAAUUGUGGAUUUUGAACCUGCGAGUGCGGAAAUUGCAGAAAAGUAUUCGGUACCUGUUGGAUCGAAAGUUUUGAAACAUGAUUUUGUUUUGGUGAGUGAGAAGGAGACGGAAGAUUUGAGGGAUCAGAAUGCGUUGAAGGCCUUGGAGGCUUUAGGUAUGAAAGUUAAAUUGUUGGAUCAUUUGCCUGUGCCGGAUUUGGAUUGAUUAAUUGAUUGGUUGAUUGGUUGAUUGGUUGGUGUAAUAUUGAAGCCAAUUAUUGUCAUGGCUGUGGUAUGUUGCUGAUGAAGAUUAAUGGAAGGAUACCCUAUUUUCAAAGAGCUUUAGCACAUGAAUAUGAGUGAGAGAUAUGAAGAUGUCGCUUUCUUUUUUUAAAGAAACCCGGGCUU